GUCAAUGAUAGGGAAUAUAAAAAUGAAAUAAUAGAAUCAUAAUAAUUGGAUUUAAUACAAUUAUUAUUUUUUUUGACUAUUUCAAACAAAAUCCAUCAUCUGAUUUUAUUGAUAAUAUAAAUUACUUUACUUAAUGGGUUGUGGUAGUAGCGCAGGAGCAGUAAUUGAAUAAAAUAGAGCACCUGGUUUCAAAGGGCCAGUUUUUUUGACAAUAAAGCAUGCUUUAUUAGAAAGGGAUGUAAGAUUCAUAGGAGUUAUGGAUCCUUAUAUUAAAUUGCUUAUGGGAAGACAAGAGUUUAAGACCCCAGUAAUAAAAGAGGGAGGAAAACAUCCGUACAUAUAUAUUUUGUGAUUAUUUUUUAAUUAGAAAAUGGGAAGGUUGCACACACACAUUUUAAAAAUUACUUGGAGAACCAGAUGUAAUAAUAGGGUAAGUAUGGUGUGAAAAUACAAUAACUUCAGACAUUCUUAUUGGUGAGGGAGCAUUUUCUUUGACUUCUAUAAGAAAAGGAAAUGCUGAACCUAAGAGAAUUUCAUUUUUACUAUUUCAUCAUGGUGAAAAAGCAGGUGAAAUUCAUUUAGAAGCAACUUUUACACUUGAUCCAAGCGGAAAAGAAUUACCAGAAAUAAAGGCUCCAGAUACUGAAGGAAAAUUCAUUGUUAAACCAAAAUUUGGAAGAUUAAAGAAGAAUACAAAUUUAUUAUUAAAGAUGGAUCCAUUUUUAACUAUUCAUUUUGGUAAUGAAACAAUGAAUACUUCUGUUGAUGCAGCUGGACAUACUACACCUAAAUGGAGUGAUGAAAUAAUAUUUACUAGAGAAACAAAUGAAGAUACUUUAUAUAUUGAAGUUUGGGCUGAAUCUUUAAUAGGAUGGAAUGAUUUCUUAGGAUGUGGUAAAUUAAUCAAAUUUAUUAAAUAGGUUAUGCUUCUAUAACUGAUGCAUUAACACUAAAAGAAAACUAAUUAUAAACAGUUACAUUAUUUUAUGAUGGUGCUAAUGUAGGAGAAGUAGAGAUAGAAUGUACAUUUAAGACAGCAAAACCAUAAGAUUAUUUGUAGAAAGAUAAAUCAUCAAAAGAAGCAACUUCAAAAGAAUCAUUUUAAUAAUAACUUUAAUCAUAUUAAUAACCAUAAUAAUAAUAAUAAUAAUAGUAAUAAUAAUAAUAAUAAUAAGUAUUUCCAUAAUAAUUGAAUUAAUUUGUUUAAAAUUAUGAAGUCAGAUAUUAAAAUAGCUAUGGAUAAUAACCAAUGAAUGGUAGAGUAGAUUUCACAUAUCCAAAUGGUGAUCAAUAUUCUGGAGACAUGAUGAAUAAUUUAAAACAUGGAUAAGGUAGAAUAUAAUUUAGUUAUGGUGGAUAUUAUGAAGGUUAAUGGGCUAAUGAUUAAUAUAAUGGAAUGGGAGUGUUAGUAGUAGGGGAUUCAAGAUAUGAAGGUUAAUUUAUAAAUGGAAAGAAAAAUGGAUAAGGAAAGUAAGUUUGGAAUAAUAGAUAAUAAUAUGAUGGAUAAUGGGUUGAUAAUAAUAUGCAUGGAAAUGGGUAAUUAAUAUUUAAAUAUUAAGUGAAUGGACAUUUGUGAAUGGAGGAAAAAAGAAGGGUGUCUGGGCUCAUGGAAAUAGAUUAAGAUGGUUAGAUGAUGAUUAGAAUAUAGUUUAAGCAGGAAAAACUAUGACUUCAGGUUUUAUGUUAACUAGUCCAAAUUAAUAAUUUACGUUAUCAUUCUUCCAUGAUGGUAGAUUAUACAUCUUCCAUAAUUAAACUAGAUAACCAGUCUUUUCUGUAUUUUAUAUAAUUAUCAUAAAAUAGGCUGUUAAUUUCAAUAGGUAACCUAUCCCUCCUGUUUGGUUAAAAUUUGAUCCUUCAGGAGAGUUAUAAAUGAUUGAUGCCAAAGGUGUACCAUAUUGGGUUUCUGGCUAAAACUUUGGAAUGUUUGCACCUCCAUUUGUAUUGGUUUUGUAAGAUGAUGGUAGACUUGUAAUCUAAGAUGCUAAUGGAUAACCUAAAUGGUGUUCACAUUGA